AUGGAGAAUGGAGUAUUUAUUUGUUCUUUCUUUUAGAUUUCAGACACGGAAACAAUGAAGGUCAACCAGACAGUCGUGGGAGAAUUCAUUCUUAUUGGCUUCUCCGUGUACCCACAUGUGCAGAUGUUCCUCUUCCUGGUCUUUCUUGGCCUCUACCUUCUCACCCUCACAGGUAACCUGGCCAUCAUGGGUCUCACUUGGGUGGACAGAUCUCUCCACAUCCCCAUGUACCUCUUCCUUGGUGCCCUCUCUUUCUCCGAGACCUGCUACACACUGACCAUCAUCCCCAAGAUGCUGGCAGAUCUGCUGACUGGGAACAGAGGCAUCUCCGUCACGGGGUGUGGCUUGCAGAUGUGUUUCUUCUUGGGACUUGGUGGCACCAAUUGCAUCAUCCUGACCUUGAUGGGAUAUGAUCGCUUUCUGGCCAUCUGCAACCCUCUCAGAUAUCCACUGCUUAUGACCAACAUGGGGUGUGGACGACUUGUGGCCUCUGCUUGGGCUGGAGGCUUCCUUAUCUCUCUGAUAGAGACUGCGCUGAUAUUCAGGGGCUCCUUCUGCAGCCCCAACCUUGUCAGACAUUUCUUCUGCCACAUGCGAGCAGUGGUGAGGCUGUCCUGUCUAGACAGCGACCUCACGGGGUCCGUUGUGACAGUGAUCUCCGUGACUGGCCUGAUAGGCACGUUCCUGCUCAUCAUCAUCACUUACAUGUUCAUUCUUUCCACUGUCUUCAGGAUCCCGUCAGCCGAGGGCAAGCAGAAGGCCUUCUCUACCUGUGCCUCGCAUCUCACAGUGGUCCUUGUCCACUUUGGGUUUGCAGCCAUUGUCUAUCUGAAGCCAGAAGCUUCAGGAGGGGACGACACGCUCAUGGCCGUCCCUUACACGGUCAUUACCCCUUUCCUCAGUCCUCUAAUUUUCAGCCUCAGGAAUAAGGACAUGAAGAAUGCCCUAAGAAAGGUGCUUGGAAAGAGGAGAUUCUUGAAAAAACAAUUUUGGAUUAAUGCUACGUGA